UCUCCUCCUUCUCCGGUUCCUUCCCUUGUACUCACAACACCACUCCCGAAAUCCUCAAAACCCCUUCCACCGCCGCUGCUCCCCUUCGCUCUCGUAUUUGGAUAUUCCCCUCUCGGUUCGAAGCACCAGGGUAGGGUAGGGUUUCUUCGACCGCGGCGAUGGCGGAGGGGGUAGCGGAGGAGGGCCGCCGGGCCGAGGAGGCGGAGCCGGUGACCCCGGCGGCGGCGGCGGCAGCGGCGGGGUCCCAGGGGCUCGAGGACCGGCGUCUGCUGCGGUCGCGGUACCUCGCCGUCAAGAGCCAGAUCAACGACGAGAAGGACGAAAUGGCGAGCGCGGACUCCGUCAAGUUCCAGUCCGUCAUCUCGCAGGUGGAGACCCUGCACCUCCAUGUUCACAAUCCCAGGGAGCAGGUAGCUGAUGCAGAGGCAUUGCUGGACAUUGCCAGCAGUUUGGCGGCGUCUGUAAGGUCCCAGUCAGCACUAGGAAUCACGCCUUCUCAUUUAGUUGCUGCACUCCUCAACAAGUUUGGGGUGCAAGGGGAUGCCGAUGGCGAGGGUGCCUCGUUGAGAUGGUCUGAUGUUGGGCUUGCUGCGUCUCAUGUCUUCAUGGCUGUGCCUGGAUGCUGCACCAUGUUUGGUCCCAUGACGACAGAAGUGAAGCCACGGAGAACACAUACCAGUAGAAGGAGGACUGCCAGGCCGAGUAGAAAUGAUUGCACUGAACAGCUUGCAGAUCCAGAGACAACAACGACUGAUACAGACAGGAACAUGGCUGCUCUGUUUAAUGUUCUGAGGAAGAAGAAAAAAGCAAGACUCGAAAACCUUGUUUUGAACAGAAUGUCCUUUGCCCAAACGGUGGAGAACAUAUUUGCUUUGUCAUUCCUAGUUAAAGAUGGCAGAGUGGAAAUGAAUGUGAAUGACGAUGGCCAUCAUAUCCUCUCUCCAAGAAAUGCACCUGCUGCUGGUGCAAUUGCCUCAGGAGAAGUGAAAUACAGCCAUUUUGUCUUCAGAUACGAUUUUAAUGACUGGCAGCUCAUGAAAGGGAUCGUCGCGGAGGGGGAAGAACUGAUGCUGCACAGGCCGCCUUCUCUCAGCACGUCUGGAGGAAAUACCCAGGCGGAGAUGCCUUCUCGCAGCACGCCUGGAGGAAAUCCCAAGGUGGAGAUGCCUGCACACAGCACGCCGGGAGGCAACGAGGAUCCUGCGACACCUGCGCAUGGCAUGUCCGGGGAAAACAACGAGCCUGAGAUGCACGCGCACACAACUUCAAUCAGGAAGCACUGCAGGAACCGGGGCCUGGUCACACAAGCGCGGCAAGACGAGGCGACAGCCAUGGACAAUACGCAGGGAGCCAUGGAGGAUAAGCAGCAGGCGGAUGCGCAGGAUGAGGCGAUCCGCACGGUGGUCAAGCGGGAGGACAUGGAGAUGGGCAAGGACAGGCCGGAGAUGGUCCAGACGUACAAGCGCAAGCGAUCUGAUCGCCAUCCACCCGCCGGCGGCCACCGUGCACAUGCGUCUUGCGGUUCCUUUGGUGUCGGUAAAGAGUUUACCCGGCUCUAGCUCUAGCUUUAUCCGACUAACCUAGCUCUAGCUUUUGAGAGGACUUUUGUAGGGGUGGGCAAGUCCAGAGGUAUGAUUUGGAUGCUGUGUAAAGUAGUCUGGGUUAGAGAAAUGUUGAUCAGUGUUAUGAGUUUGCAGUGUUGGUUUACUGCUGCAUUUGUAAGCAGUUCUCUUGAGCUACCUGGCUCGUUAUACAGCUCUUAUGCUUUCAGCUGCUUGAUUA